CAGCCACCCAGCCAUCCAGCCAUCCAGCCUGCCGAACAAGCCUGCUCUUUAGGGUCAGGAACCGGUCUGGCAAGAGCAUGGCAAUCCUGCCUCUAAACUGUCAGUAGGAACUGUACGACUGCACGAUGAAUACACCAGGACUCCAGGGCCAGAGGCGAAGCGCUGAGCAAGAGAAUGUGAAGACAUAUUUCAGGACAUUGUGAGUGCUACUAAAAAUGUCUGAUAGUGUUGAUAUUGAAGAGAAACCACCAGCCCCGCCCUUGAGAAUGAACAGUAGUUCCAGAGACUCUUCAUCAGUGAAUCACGCAUCCAAACCACUUCCAAUGGCUCCAGAAGAGAAGAACAAGAAGGUCCGCCUGCGCUCCAUCUUCCCCGGGGGAGACAAGACAAACAAGAAGAAGGAGAAGGAACGUCCUGAGAUCUCCUUACCCUCAGACUUUGAGCACACCAUUCACGUUGGCUUUGAUGCCGUAACAGGAGAAUUCACGGGUAUCCCAGAGCAGUGGGCGCGCCUCCUACAAACCUCCAACAUCACCAAGCUGGAACAGAAGAAGAACCCGCAGGCUGUGCUAGAUGUUUUAAAGUUCUACGACUCCAAAGAAACAGUCAACAACCAGAAAUACAUGAGCUUCACCUCCGGAGACAAGACAGCGCAUGGAUACAUAGCAGCAAACACUCUGAACCGACUGCUGUCUUCUGGGCCUCCUGUCAGCCUUAGAACCUGCAGCGCAUUAUUUGACAAGGCUCCUAAAACGUCAACGACGGAACCUCCCAUCGCCCCGCCUGUGUCGGAGGAGGAAGAUGAGGAAGAGGAGGAGGAGGAAGAGGAGGAGGAGGAGGAAGAGGACGAUGAUGAUGAGCUGCCGCCGGUCAUCGCCCCUCGACCUGAACACACCAAAUCUAUCUACACCCGCUCCGUCAUGGACCCGCCCAAGCCUCCCACCCCAGUGAAGGAGGUGGUGACUCCACCAGAGUCGCAGGUCCAACCAGACAACACCUCCAGCACCAUGUACCGCCACACCGACCGGCAGAGGAAGAAGUCCAAGAUGACAGACGAGGAGAUUCUGGAGAGACUCAGGAGUAUCGUGAGUGUGGGGGAUCCCAAAAAGAAGUACACGCGCUUCGAGAAAAUAGGACAAGGAGCAUCAGGCACGGUCUACACCGCCAUCGACAUAGCAACGGGCCAAGAGGUGGCCAUCAAACAGAUGAACCUGCAGCAGCAGCCCAAGAAAGAGCUGAUUAUCAAUGAGAUCUUGGUGAUGAGGGAAAACAAAAACUCCAACAUUGUAAACUACCUGGACAGUUACCUGGUGGGAGACGAGCUCUGGGUUGUAAUGGAGUAUUUAGCUGGAGGCUCGUUGACAGAUGUGGUGACGGAGACGUGCAUGGAUGAGGGCCAGAUCGCUGCAGUCUGCAGAGAGUGUCUUCAAGCCUUGGACUUCCUCCACUCCAACCAGGUGAUCCACAGAGAUAUAAAAAGUGACAACAUUCUUUUGGGUAUGGACGGAUCCGUCAAGCUCACCGACUUCGGCUUCUGCGCCCAGAUCACUCCGGAGCAGAACAAACGCAGCACCAUGGUGGGGACGCCCUACUGGAUGGCCCCGGAGGUGGUGACCCGGAAGGCCUACGGCCCCAAAGUGGAUAUCUGGUCUCUGGGGAUCAUGGCUAUCGAGAUGGUGGAGGGAGAACCGCCUUAUCUGAACGAGAACCCUCUCAGGGCGCUCUACCUGAUCGCCACCAACGGAACCCCGGAGCUGCAGAACCCCGAGCGGCUCUCGUCCGUGUUCAGAGACUUCCUGAACCGCUGUCUGGAGAUGGACGUGGACCGCAGAGGCUCGGCCAAGGAUCUGCUGCAGCAUUCCUUCCUGAAGCUGGCGAAGCCUCUGUCCAGCCUGACGCCCCUGAUUGUAGCUGCGAAGGAAGCCAUAAAGAACAGCAGUCGCUAGGUCUGACUGCUCCACGCCCCAGGAUGGAGCUCUGCUUGGGAGUGUGGAGUCCCGCGGGGCAGGGGCUCGGCUGUGUGGGUGACGGGCGGCGUGGCAGCACAAGGAGGGGUUGGUGGGACUGGCAGUGACAGCACAGGGACUAAAGACCCCCAGGGACUAAAGACCCCCACACGUAGGACGGACAUCUGGCCUUGCAGCCUCUCAGCCCGCGCUGCUGGAACAAAACCUGCUCUCCUUGUUUUCUUGUCCAGCACUCUGUACAUGUAGAGCAGGCUAUCACAAGUACGUGUGUGUGUGUGUGUGUGUGUGUGUGUGUGUGUGUGUGUGUGUGUGUGUGUGUGUGUGUGUGUGUGUGUGUGUGUGUGUGUGUGUGUGUGUGUGUGUGUGUGUGUAUAAACAAGCUGUGCACAUCUGUUUGCGUCAUGUCUUGUUUGGGAGAAAGUUGCUCCCUAAACAGCAAAAAAAAAGAAAAAAAAGGUGGAAAAUCUUAAAAGGAAGUGUGCUCGCUCUCAAGAAGACACUGCAGGAGUGUUUUCUUCCCUCCGAUCCCUUCGAGCAGCACGAUCAGGCCACGACCAGCAACCCGCUGGUAGGAAGUAUAGACUCCAGAUCAAACAUCUGCCUGCAUGACCAUGGCUCUGUGGAACAACACUGAUAAUCCUCCUCAGAUUGUCCGCUUCUUAAAGUGGCGUAUGUUUGCGCGGGAUCUGCGUACGUGUGUGUGAAUGAGUGUAGGGAUGCAGCUUCUGGGGUAAAUGUAAAAAAAAAAUCCAAGCCAGUUUAUAACACCCGUCAAAAUCCAUGUCAUAUCAGAGCGGGGAUGCCGUUCCCGCCGUGUCUGCAUCGCACAGAGGAGAUUACUGGACACGGUGACAGCAAACCUGCUGGGAAACCACUGGUUGUUUGAUGUUCUCACCAUCUAUGAUAUUAGUUCUUAAUGCAUGCUUACAUAAGUUAUAACAUUUCAAAUAAGAACAUCCACAAAUGCUCAGUUUGUGUGGAUUUUCUUUUGUUUCACUUUGCUGUAAAUUCAUCAAAACUGUAAUGGACCUUUUUUUAAAUUACGUAUAACGUAGCAGGAAAAAGUAAAAAAUCUAAACAAUGCUGGCAUGAAACACAAAUCUAAAGGAUGGGUGUGAUAUCCAAGCCUUGUAGCACCCUAUAAUGUAAUAAUCUCCUGAAAAUGUAAUAAAAUUUGCACUUAACUCAAUCAAAAAUGUAAUAAAACCCAAUAAUGUAAUAAUUUCCUGAAAAUGUAAUAACGCCUGAAAAUGUGAUAAAAUUUGCACUUAACUCAAUCAAAAAUGUAAUAAAACCCAAAAAUGUAAUAAUUUCACCAAUAAUGUAAUAAAAUAUCCUGACGGAUAUUGUAAUGACAUUUCUACCGAUAAUGUAAUACCUUAUUACAUUAUUGGGAAUUUAUUACAUGGUACUCAAAGUCUGCAAUUUAACCCAAUAAUCAUUCUGGUGUUUGAAAUCCAGUGUAUAUAACAUUCUUAGAUACUUAAAACACGAAAUGUAGAAUUCUGGACUGAAAAUUAACAUAUAUAUUAUUCCAGAAAACAUUACAUUAUCUGUCAAGUAUUACAUUAUCAGUUUUGAAGAAAAAAACAGACCCACCUAUAAAUGUAAUAAAUUCCCAAUAAUAUAAUAAGGUAUUAUAUUAUCUGUAAAAAUGUUAUUACAAUAUCAGUCAGGAUAUUUUAUUACAUUAUUGGUGAAGUUAUUACAUUAUUGGGUUUUAUUACAUUUUCGAUUGAGUUAAUUGCAAAUUUUAUUAAAUUUUCAGGCAUUAUUACAUUUUCAGGAAAUUAUUACAUUAUAGGAAAUUAUUACAUUAUAGGGUGCUACAAGCCUCAACACGCCUUUCCUAUGUAUGCGUUUGGAUUUGAUACCACCUGCUCAGGUGAAAACAAAAGAAAAAUGGAUUGCUAGUCUCCUAACCCGCCUGCCCCCUUUACUAUUGAAAAUGCUGCUCGGUCAAGCUUUAGUUUUUUUGUUUUUCUCUCUUUUGUGUCUUACAUGACGUUUUUUUACGUAAGGUCUUCACAUUUUGUAGUGAAUCUUUGGCCAUGUGACAUAUUUUCGAGGGGGAAACGUUAUCCACUGAGUGAAACAAUGAGUGCCAUUUCAUGAUUGUACCUUGCCCUGGAAGUUCACAUCUUGCAAACAUUCUUCACAUACCUGGUUUAGCGUUUAAACUGGUUUCUGGUCAGAGGUUAUCUUAUCUGAGUCUGUAUCUGACGGCUUCACCUGGCCUUCCCCACGUAGCAUCCUUCUGUGUGUGACUGAGCGUGUUCGUGUGGUCAGGGAUUUACCUCAAUCUGCACUACAAGAUGCCUCACUCGUGUUUUUCCACCUUAACUUUUGAGAUGCAGGGUAGCUGCUUAAGUCACACUGUACCUCCAUUGUACAGCAAAUGUACAGAAGAUGAAGGAGUGGGAGCAAAGACAGGAGGAAGAAACAGAACUUCAUGCAUGUAAAACAAACUAUACGCUGUAUGUAAACUUCAAAUAGGUUUAAGAUUGUUAGGAUAUGUAUGUAUGUAUAUACGACAGGAAACCCCGUCCCCUCCUUUUUUUUCAGAACUAUGUAACUUAAAAUGACAAUAUUCAGGUUGCUCUAAGGUAUGUAUCAUUUCGAUGUUUUGCACCCUGGAAAUGGAAAAGUGAAAACACACGUUCGCCUCUGCACUCCUGGAUCCAAAUCUUCUGUUUGGGCUUUUGUGAGACGCUCCUUCGUCUGGACUGAGAGCCGAUGGAUGCAGCACUCUGUGUGCAGGCCCACACAGUCUUAGUGUGAGUGUUGGUGUGUGUGCGUGGGUUUGUGUGUGUGUGUGUGUGUGCGUGCGUGUGUGUGUGCGGCUGUGGGACUCCCGGCCUCCGACCCAUGUACAGGUCCGAACUAUGAGCACAAAGGUGAAUUUCAGGACGAGAGACACCGCUGACGUGCCCCUUCUUCUGUGGUUGCUCCUGUACAUUCCUCUGUUCUGAAUGUGUAAACCUGUACACGUGGUGUUAAAAUUCCUCUAUUAAUGUGUAUCAAGAGAAUGGAACAAAGACAAAAAAUGUUACUUUUUAAAUUAUUAUCUUUAUUAUUAUUAUUAUCAUUAUUAUUAUUAUUAUUACUACUCUUCUUGUCUAGCUUUGUAAAACUGCUGAUCAAUCUGGCAUACCUCAGCAGACCUUUCCCCAUCUUUGAAAAAGGACAAACAGGUGACGGGGAAAUGAGGUUUUGGAUAAACUAUUUUUAAUUGUGGUUGAAGCAAUAGACUUUUUGAACUUUGAAUUGUGCAUGGCUGUGUCUUGAGUGUAAAAAAACAAAACAAAAAAAUAUUGCAGUUUGCGAACUGGACUGAAAUAAAAAGGAGGAAAACCAA